AUGAAUCAUACACAACCAUACAUGGAUGUCCACUCAUCGCAUUUGUCAUCGGCACAGCCCUAUGCUUCACAGGCGGCCACUGCUGGUGGAAUCGCUCAUUACCCCCAGUAUCAUCAGCAACCGCCUGUAUUGCAGCCGGCGUCCACUACUUAUGGCCCCGCCAGUUCCUAUCAAUACGCGUAUCCUGGCGGUGUCACAUCGUCCCAACCUGGCCCGCAACCUCCCACAACAUCAGUGAGCAGCCAGGUCCCAGCUCAGCUGUUACCACUGCCAGUUACCAGCCACACUGUUGCACCUGCGGGAUACGGAAACAAUACCGGAACGCCUAUGCAAGGCUACGUGUACGAUGCUACAGGUCAAGUAGCUCCGCCCGGUGCCAAACCACGGGUCACAGCCACCUUGUGGGAGGACGAAGGCAGCCUUUGCUACCAGGUUGAAGCUAGAGGGGUCUGUGUUGCCCGCCGAGAAGAUAAUCAUAUGAUAAACGGAACCAAACUGCUCAACGUUGCUGGCAUGACUAGAGGUCGCCGCGACGGGAUUCUCAAGAGCGAAAAGGUUCGUCAUGUAGUCAAGAUUGGUCCAAUGCAUCUCAAAGGAGUUUGGAUCCCAUUUGAGCGUGCCUUGGAGUUUGCCAACAAAGAGAAGAUCACCGACCUUUUGUACCCUUUGUUUGUGCACAAUAUCGGAGGUCUUCUGUACCAUCCCACUAACCAGACCCGGACAAACAUGGUUGUGCAGGAAUCGCAGCAACGGCGGUUAGAAGGUCCUCAAGCCACGCGGGCUUCGCAGGGGCCACAGCCCCCUGCUUUGCACCAUCACCACUCGCUACAAACUCCGGUUCCAUCGCACAUGUCUCAGCCCCACGCAAUGACGUCUCAGUCUGCUGCCAGGCCUGGUCUUGAUCGCGCCCACACUUUCCCGACCCCCCCUGCUAGCGCGUCCAGUCUCAUGGGCAUCACCAACCAGGGGAGCUCCUAUGAGUGGGGUAACCAAGGAAUGAACUCGGGUGUUCCUAACACACAACCUCUAUCGAUUGACACGACAUUGAGUAACGCACGAUCGAUGCCUACCACUCCGGCCACGACGCCCCCAGGCAGUAAUAUGCAAGGGAUGCAAGCAUAUCAGAGUCAGUCCGGAUACGAUAACUCGAAAUCGUACUACUCAGCCGCUCCUCCGUCCCACCCUCAAUAUGCUCCCCAGCAACCCUUGACCCAGCCUAUGGCUCCUUACGGCCAGACUAUGCCCGCCAAUACGUAUAUCAAGAACGACAUGGCGCCUCCGACGGCAAGGACUUCAGGGGGACCAUCAGAUGUAGAGCAAGCUGAUGUGAAGGCUGACCGUUACGCCCAAACUAAUGGGCACGUUAGCAAUGGAGCGGGUGAGCCUGUACCCGAGCAUGAGCCUGAGUACGUGCAACAUGAUAGUGCAGGCUAUAACACCAACCGCGGAUCUUACACAUACACUACCAACCCUUCUGUUGGAAGCUUGGCGGGUGAUCAUUCUCAACUCGCGUCUGAUAUGUCUGGCUCCCCCUCGCAACAGAACGGGUCCGGACGCAUGACUCCCCGUACUAGCGGGGCGCCUCCCCAAUGGGCCUCGGGAUACAAUACGCCUCCCCGAUCCGCUGCUGUCAGCAGCCUCUACAAUAGCGUCAGCGAAACUCGCGGUGCGUCGGCGAACGGAACGACUGAUAAUUACUCUGUGGCGUCGAAUCCAGCACCGGGUUACUCGACGGGGAUGAACGGACCUUUGGGGUCAGGAAAGCGUAUGCGGGAGGAUGAUGAUGUGGACCAAAUCGUUCGACCAGACAGUCGGGGUGCGGAAUAUGAGAGCAAGCGCCGGAAGACUCUGACUGAAGCGACGGUUGGUGGUCCGGUUGGAGGAGUACCACUUGGAUUACAGCCGAUGAAGGCCGGUGGUGUUAUGGCUCGCCGCCGGUAA